CAGGAUAGAAGCGCUGACAGGGCGGACUGGCCGGUACGCGGAGGCUCUAUGAUCUAGGAGGUCUGGAAUUACAUCUGCGGCCAUGAAGCUGCAGUGUGAGGUGGAGGUGAUCAGUAGGAUGCUGCCCACCUUCGGGAUGAGGAAUCGAGGCAAAGGCGCCAGAGCCGUCCUAUCUGUCGGGAGGCAGGAGGAUAAGCGAUCAGGGCAGGCGGGCGCCGUCUACCUGAUGAUCUGCACACUCAAAGACAAGGCCGGCUCCAGAUAUAAGCUGCAGGAAAACAUAGACCAAUUGUUUACCAGGUUUGUACAAGAAGGCAAAGCUACGGUACGUCUGAAGGAGCCGGCAGUGGAUAUAUGUCUCAGCAAGGCGGAUGUGUGCAGUCUGAAAAACUUUAUUUCAACGGUGGGACUGGCAAAUAAAGGCAAAGAUCCUGGUAGUAUAUCACUGUCACGUCUUACUCCAGUAAAGACCUCAGAAAUUGAAAAGCCAAGAGCUAAGAUGUUUAUCACCUGCAAGAAGGACUAUCCCAUCACAAAGAGUUUUCCGUAUUCCCUGGAACACCUUCAGGUGUCCUACUGUAAAUUGGCCCGGGUUGAUAUGCGGAUGCUGUGCUUGAAGAAGCUUCAAAAACUUGAUCUGAGUAACAACCAUAUCAAGAAGCUGCCCCAAACCAUAGGAGAUCUUAUGUGCCUACAAGAGCUGACCUUGCAUAACAAUUUCUUGGAGUCCUUCGAGGUGGCGUUCUGCAACUCCACUCUAAGAAACACACUCAAGUCGCUGGAUUUGAGCCAGAACAAACUGAAGGCCCUUCCUGUACAGUUCGGCCAACUUAAAGAACUUAUUAACCUAAAACUGGAUGACAAUGAGCUCGUUCAACUGCCUUUCACUAUUGGGCUACUGAGCAAACUCCGCUUCCUGUCUGCAACGAAAAACAAAAUCCAAUGCCUCCCCAGUAGCUUUCGAAGUUUAGUACUUGAAAAAGUAGACCUGUUCGGGAAUCCAUUUGUAAAAGCAACACCGAUGGUUCCAGACAUACAGCUAAAGAUACCAUUGCCUUUACUGGAGUGUGCAUCAAGGGCAACCAUUCAUUACAGAAUACCCUAUGGACCCCAUCUCAUACCGGCUACUGUCUGCCAAGACCUCUCCGUGGCAAAAACAUGUGACUGUGGCCGGCCCUGCCUGAGUUCAUUCAUUCAGACUGUUGUGUUAAUGAACCUCCAUCAGGUGUCCCAGACUGUGGUCCUCGUUGAUACGAUGGGGGGUACAGAGGCGCCAGUCAUCUGCUACUUUUGUUCCCUCACCUGUUAUUCUGAGUUCCUUGAUAAGCAUCUGCAAAGCGCUAGGAUUUAAGAAGCGGAUGCCGUCCAUCAUGUGCGGCAUUGGACUACUCUUUAGACAUGCGAUGGAAGAAAAUAUGAAUUUACAUAUCUCAGAUAUUGGGUGAAUUGGUAAUAUCGGUGGGGCUGUGUAUAGUUAUUCCACACCUCUUAUAUUCCACGUGUUUCUUCCACCUUUGCUGUAUGGGGAUCGCUCAUUCAGGUUUGAUGUUGGUGCUGCUGCUGUUCUGCAACACCUAACUCCAUAUGCAAGGUAGCUCUGCCUUCAGCACUUAAAUAUGCAGUUAGUCUCCUGGAUCUGAAUAUUCGGGUGUUCUGGCCUACAAUGCGGUCUCAGACCUUAGUCCUGGCAGCGGGGAGGUUUCCCGUUGUCGGACGCGGUUUCGAUGUGGGUAAAGUAAGCGUCUGUACUGGGGACGUUGAUGGUUUUUAGUUUUCUUCUGGAAUCUUGCACUCUUGAAAUAGCACCACGCGUUUAUUAUUCUCUAGGCUUUGCUAAAUCUAGCUCUGCAUGUAGUUUUUUCUACAGCGUUAAGGAUGCAAAUACAAGGACAGCGGCAUACGAGUAAAAAAAAAAAAAACUCAACGUAGCUGAUAAAGGGGAACUUAGACCCC